AAGUCCGUCGUCUCGUCUUUCUUUCCCCUCCUCUCUUCUCUUCUUCUUCCUCGACAUUUCUCUUUCUUUUCCUUUCUCACCUAACCAUAACUUUAAACCAAUUCUCCUUAGCUAAGCUUUUGCACCUUGAUCCCAUUAAUACCAUUUAUCUAUUUUCUUUUUCUUCAACGCUAAUUGCGUUUUAUUCUCUCUUUCCAUCGCUGCCAUGUAUAUGCUUGUGGACUGUUCAAACUGCCGGACACCCUUACAGCUUCCACCGGGAGCCAAGUCCAUCCGCUGUGCAAUCUGUCACGCGAUCACUCUCGUCGCCGACCCACGCUCUGGCCCACCACCACCGCAUCACUCUUCGUCCGGUCAACACCACUACCCACCCCCGCUUCGCUCCCCAGCUAUUUCUCCUUCUCCUUACAAUCACGCGCCUUCCCCCCCACCGCCUGCUUCACAUGGCGCCAAGCGUGCCGUUAUAUGCGGCAUCUCUUAUAAGAACACCAGGAAUGAGCUUAAGGGAUGUAUCAAUGAUGCUAAGUGCAUGAAGUACUUGUUGGUUAAUAAGUUCAAGUUCCCUGAAUCUUCUAUUCUCAUGCUCACUGAAGAAGAAACCGAUCCAUAUAGGCGGCCAACGAAGAAUAAUAUGAGAAUGGCAUUGUACUGGCUAGUGCAGGGUUGUCGGCCUGGAGAUUCAUUGGUGUUUCACUUUUCUGGCCAUGGUUCACAGCAAAGGAAUUACUCAGGAGAUGAGGUGGAUGGAUAUGAUGAAACACUUUGUCCAACGGAUUUUGAAACUCAGGGAAUGAUUGUGGAUGAUGAGAUCAAUGCAACCAUUGUCAGGCCUCUUCCUCGCGGGGUUAAGCUUCAUGCAAUUAUAGAUGCUUGCCAUAGUGGUACUGUCUUGGAUUUACCUUAUCUCUGCAGAAUGGACAGGAAUGGGAGGUAUGGUUGGGAGGAUCAUCGCCCUCGAACAGGAGUAUCGAAAGGAACAAAUGGUGGGGAAGCAAUCUCCUUUAGUGGCUGUGACGAUAAUCAGACCUCUGCUGAUACUUCGGCUCUCUCCAGAGUUACUUCAACAGGGGCAAUGACUUAUUCUUUCAUUCAAGCCAUUGAGCGAGGACAUGCAACUACAUAUGGGAACAUGUUAAACGCAAUGCGCUCCACCAUUAAAAAUGUAGACCCUGCAGUUGAUGGUGGCAUUGUAACUUCUCUUCUCACCAUGCUCUUGACUGGAAGGAGCCUUAGUGGGGGGUUAAGACAGGAACCACAAUUGACUGCCAAUGAACCAUUCGAUGUGUAUUCAAAACCAUUUUCUUUGUGACAGGCAAAGAUAUUGUUCAAUCAUUUAGUUUCUUAUUAAAUUGAGGGUGCCAUGUACAGCUGUUGAACAAAACCUAUUUCAAUAUUUAAAGUUUUUCUUCAUUGAAUUGCAAAUGCACAAGUUCCUCCAGUUGGACAUAUACCAAGUACAGCAUCUCAUCGAUUAUGCA